AUGGACAAGCCCAAGAGCGUUGUCAUCGUAGGCGCAGGUGCCGGCGGUAUUUCCAGCGCAGCCAGGCUUGCCAAAGCUGGGUUCCGGGUGACCGUGCUCGAAAAGAACGACCACACCGGCGGACGCUGCAGCCUGAUACACGAUGGCGGCGGCCACCGCUUCGACCAAGGCCCCUCUCUCCUCCUCCUGCCCGACCUGUUCGCGGAAGCCUUCGCCGACCUAGAUACAUCCCUCGAGGCCGAAAGGGUCGAGUUGCUCAAGUGCGAGCCCAACUACAACGUCUGGUUCGGCGACGGGGAGUGCAUCGAGCUGUCCACGGACGUGGCGCGGAUGAAGAAAACAAUCGAGCGGUGGGAAGGCAAAGAAGGCUUCGAGAGAUACCUCGCCUGGAUGAAGGAGGCUCACGUCCACUACGAGGCCAGCGUCGUCCAUGUGCUGCGGAAGAACUUCUCUACCAUCUGGGCAAUGGCCCGUCCGAGCUUCCUGCCCUACCUCAUGGCGCUCCACCCGUUCGAGAGCAUCUGGAACCGGGCGGCGCGCUAUUUUCUGACGGAGCGGCUGAGAAGAGCCUUCACUUUCGGAAGCAUGUACAUGGGCAUGAGUCCCUUUGAAGCCCCCGGCACCUAUAGCCUGCUCCAGUAUACGGAACUGGCUGAAGGCAUAUGGUAUCCCAGGGGCGGGUUCCAUCGAGUCUUGGAUGCUUUGGUCAAAGUUGGACAACGUCUCGGGGUCGAGUACAGACUGUCGACACCCGUUGCCCGAGUAAACGUGGACGGAUAUUCUCAACGUGCGACAGGCGUCACGCUGGCCUCGGGAGAGGUCGUGAACGCAGAUAUUGUCUUGGUCAAUGCUGAUCUCGUCUAUGCCUACAACGAAUUGUUACCUCCUUCUCGGCAAGCUACAACAAUAUCGAAGAAACCAGCUUCUUGCUCCAGCAUCUCAUUCUACUGGUCAAUGGACAAGAUGGUCCCUGAACUCCACACACACAACGUCUUCCUCGCCGACGACUACCAAGAUAGCUUCGACGACAUCUUCAAGCGACAGCAAAUUCCCAAAGAACCUUCAUUUUACGUCAAUGUGCCUUCACGGAUCGACCCGAGUGCUGCCCCUCAAGACCGAGACAGCGUGGUGGUGCUUGUCCCAUGUGGUCACCUACUGGAGGGCGAGGCUGAUCGAGGGCUAAACCCCCACAGCGCACAAGAUUGGCAGGCCAUGGUUGCGAAAGCUCGGCAUGCAGUCUUUGAGACGAUUCGUCUCCGGACGGGGGCAGAUCUUCAAUCUCAUGUCGCUCACGAGAUAGUCAAUACGCCGAGCACGUGGAAAGACAGAUUCAAUCUAGAUAGGGGAGCCAUUCUUGGAUUGAGCCAUUCAUUCUUCAAUGUGUUGAGCUUCAGACCAGGCACGAAGCAUACGACAAUAGCUGGCGUGUAUUUCGUUGGAGCCAGCACUCACCCGGGCACGGGUGUGCCCAUUGUUCUCGCUGGUAGCAAGAUCACCACUGAACAAAUCCUUGAUGACCUUGGUAUGGUCAAGCCAUGGUCUCCAGGAAACCACAAGAGAAGGGUUGUGAGUGAACUGGAUAAACUGGGAACGCGUCCUCUGGAUCUCGUGCACAGUCUUCUUGGUCUGUUACUUGUGGUGUUGGCGAUGCUUGUGCUCUUGAUGAAAUGA